CGUCGGUCGGUCCCCCGUCCAUCGGCUUUGUUGUUCAAAAUGGCGAUCUCUCGCAAGAGGAGGAGUAUAUCUCGCAGUGCGUCGGAAUAAAGGACAAGCGGGCCCUUCUUCGCGCUACCUAACCCCCAUGAGGUGUGGUUCUUUUGCUGCCAGACACGGAACGUCAUGCACUGACAUUGGUGUAUAGUAACUGUGAUGUUCCUUCUACCUGUAACAUGGCAGACGCACUCCAUUCUCAGUCCCCACAAGAUGGCAAUGAGGCAAGGUCCGCUGCCUGUGGUGCGCCGGUCCAACCGGACAUUUCCCCUUCCUCAAACAUCCUUUCUCCCGGAGACAUUCUGCCCCCAACGGCCGAAACCUCUUCGUCAAGGUUCCUCCAGCCUCCCACCUUCAGCUUCACCCCGGCCACCCCUUCGCCUCCGUUGCCAACCCCGCACGAGGGUAUUGAAGAUGCCGUGAUUCGGGGACUGUUGAGUGGCGGCGUGAACUCCCUGAACUCGCCACCGUUAGGCAAAGAUGCGUCGAUAGAGCCAGAUCCUUUGUCGCUUCCUGGUGUCUUGGAAGGUAUUCAGAAAGUAGAUUCUGGUAGUAAUGCUGAACUUCCCGACAUGUCGGAAAAUUCCCUCGACACAUUUUCCAGUAUCGUCAACUCGACGAGUUUGAACUUUCGUGAAAUUUCUGAUUGUUUGGAACAGCCUGGCGAUAUUCCCGUGUCUUCGGCCAGCAUGAUGGAUUCUCGGAAUCGGAAUGAAACCCACUCCAAAGAUAUUGGGAAUUCCCCUACUGUUCCCCUGGUUGAUUCUCUUGAAAAACAGGUAGAUGGAACCUCAGAGCGCAUGAGUGAUUUGAUGAAUGCAAAUGACGAAGGCCAGAAAGCUGUGGAUCCACCUCUGGCAAGUCCUCCUGCCAAAGAGUUUGAUGGAGGUGGGUGGAAGCAUUCCUUUGCAAGUGGGGAAGGCACGAACUGUUCAAACGGUGUAGUUCAGGAUUCAAAAACAAACAGUGUGGGACAUUCAAUUUUGCAGCCUGAAGAUCCUGUAGUCGAGCCAGUGUGUUCCGAGCUGGUAGCAAAGGAAUUACCAUCUCCACUGUCGGAAUUCAGAGCAGAAUUUGCUAUGGAAUCUCAGCCAGAAAAUUGCUUGGGGAGUGGUGGUUCAAACAGUGAAAACACCUUGCUAAAUCUGUUGCCCUCGGAAAUGCAAAAUUCAUCGGAAGACUCGUUAAGUUUACCAAAUUCUACCGUAGCAGAUCCUUCAAAAGACACCGUGGCAAAUUCCCUGUUGGUGUGUAAAGACGUGAAUAUGACAGACACUGGCGAAAAGGAAAAGUAUUUGUGUGGUGGAACUGUGGCUGCAGACUUGGCCUCGCUGACGGAAAACACGGACUUGCUGUCCCAGAUAGAGAACACUUCUAAUACUUGUGAAACCGAGGCAAUGGACGUGGACGAAGUCAAUGAUGCUGAAAAGUUGAGUGAAUUGGAAAAGACCCUUGAGCGAAUGGACGAAGUGCAUGAUAAGUCUGAGGUGCAAAGUGCUAAGGAGAAGACUCUCCCAGAGACUUCUCUGCCGGAGAACCCUCUGCCAGAGACCUCUCUUCCGGCGGAGAGCUCUCUCCCAGAGUUUGCGACUUCAAAGGAUGGGAGCAACAAGACCGAAUGUGGCGAUGGUAAAGCAGUGAGUGGCGUCGCCAGGAAAGUGAGUUCCGUGUUGCUGAAUGAUUCGGACGAACCUCUUCAGCCCGUGACAAUCGGUGGAAGCUUGCAGCCGCUAGAGGAGGUUCAGGAGGCUUCGAUUUUGAAUGAUCCGUCCUUUACCGCCGACCUGAGUCUCAUCGACAGCAGUGCUGACGAAGCCGACAGCAUUGGCGGCCUGGUCAUCAACAGUGUGAUUGGAGCAGCGGACGGCGUGGCAGACUUUCCUCCCGACGACGAGAUGGAAGCGGAGAGACAGCUGACGGACAUCAGCUCGUCUGCACCUCGGGUGAACCAGGAGAGUUGUGAGGUGGAUUCGAGCGAGGACGUCGAGCCCAGUGCCAAGAGGAGGAAGCUGGAGAAUGGGGAGAAAGAGGGCGACAAAAUGGACGACCCCAGGAGUGUGGUGUUCAAAGUCUUGCCCGUGAAAAACGGCCACGGAUUGUGGGACGCGUUGAAGUUGAAGGAGGUGUUGCUCUCGAAAGGGACAAUCCACUUGCGCAUCCACACGUCUGCGACCGAGUUCGGGAACUUUGAGCCGGAAAAGUGCGAGAUCGAGGUCGAUUUCACCUGCAUCAUGGUUUCUGCGUUGGAGGAGGAGUGUAACUCUCCCCUCGGGAAUGCCGUGCCGGACCCAGACUCGUGCGAUCCUCUGGCAAUCGUUGCGAACGCUGGCGCUGUGGAAACCAAUUCCCCUCCGCACUACCCACGGCCCUUUGGGGCUCAGACCAGGGGUCGAUCCACUGCCCUGCAGCCUGCAAUGCCAAGACCCCCAUACAGGCAUUUGCAGUCUCCUCCUCAUGCCUAUAAUAAAAACGAAGUCUUGGGGCUGCCCCAGGGGAUAGAAUUUGAGGAGCCGCAGAACGCAACAGAGUGGUCAGGGAAAGAAUACUACGCUGGACUCCUGCUACCGAGGAAGGCCCUCCCAAUCUCCCACCAUUACCCUGCCUUCCCAGCUCAGCUGCUGCCAGCCAGGGGACGAAAGAGGGGCCGCCCUCCCCUCUCCGGACGGAGGGGAUUCUCUCCCGGUGGGGGCUCGCCCAGAAGUAGUCCCUCAAAAGGCAGGUUGCAAGGGAAGAACCUCCCCGACCCCAUCAAGUUCCGACCUCCGACGCCUCCCCAGCACCUUCUCAUAUCCUCACUGUUGAAGCUAAACAAAUCUCCCGCUGGGAAUAACAAAACCGAUCAUAAGAAAUCCAAAGGGACGGCAGACGCCGCCAAGACAGACUACAGGAGCGGGAAGGCACGGGACGUAGUCGCUAACGACGACGACGAAGAGAUAGUCACUAUAUCUCAGCCUCAUUACACAAACAAUGACGACUCCAACGACACUGACAGUUCAGUCAAACGGCUUCUUCUAAAGUUAGUCUGUGAGUUUUGCAACACUGUUUUUAGGAAGAAGGCCUCCCUGAACGCCCACAUCAAACACACGCACCGCACCGAGCAGAUCUGUCCCAUCUGCAAUGUCAGCGUCAAGGUGAAGAGUAAGUACGGAAUGAGAUUCCACAUCCUCAGAGCGCACAGAGACCAGCCGAAUUUCCAUUGCGUCAAGUGCGGGGAGACUUUCAGGUUGAAACACCACCUCAUGAACCACGUGCGCAUGAAACACGAGUAUUCGGACAGCGAAGAGGAGAAUGAAGAGCAGAGGAAAGAGAGAGAGGAGAAGGAACGGGAGAUGGAGAAACAGCUGAGAGAGGCCAUUGAGGCUGAGGAGAAGAAGGUGAGGGAGAACAUAGAGAGGGAGAGGCUUGAAAGAUUGAGAGAGAUGGGGAUCAUUGAGAAUGGGGAGAAGGAGGAGGGGAAAGACAAUGCCGGUGAAGUGGACGUUGUUGAAAGUGCUGGUGUUGGUCAUUCUCAGACAAGUACUGGGGACUCUGGCAAGUGUAGAGAGAGUGAUAAAUGCAAGGUGAUACCAAAUGUUAGUGAUAGCAAAGAAAAAGUAAAACCAGAAGAGUCCAGUAAAAGCAUAGUCAGUAGUGUCGUAGCGAGUGAUAAAAAUAGGAACGUGAAGCCGGUGUUGCGAGGCAAAGUCAUGAAUGUCAGGCCACCCGACAAGUCGUCCCAGCCGAAAUCUAAAAGUGCGGCGAAGCGUCCCGUGCGAAGAAUGACCCGUAGCUGUUCGAAGACUGAGGCUGAGAGUGACAAUGAGUUGAACACUAGUGGCAGUGACAACGAGGAUGGCGAAAGUAGUUCUUCUUCGUCGGGUGAGGAGGAAGUGGUCAGAAAGAACGGCCAUAACUGUGAUAUUUGUGGUAAGGAAUUUAGUCAUGUAUUUAAGCUCAAACAUCACUUGAAAAGUGAACAUUCCAUAACUGCAAAACCUGGGAAACCCAAGAGAGCUGUCAAAGAGAAAGCCUCGCGCAAUGAGGCCGAGGAGGAAGAGGUCGCGAUGGCAGAAGAGGCGGCAGAUGGAGACGAAGAUUUGGAAGAGGAGGAGGAGGAGGAGGACGAUGAGGACGAGGAGGAUGAGGAUGAGCUUGAGGUGCGAAAGGAAAAGAAAGAGAAGGAGAGGCGGGAGAAGGAAAUCUCUCUCACCUGCAGUACCUGCAAUAAGGUUUGCAGGAGUGAGUACCAGCUGAAGCUGCACUUGCCAAUUCACACUGUAGUUAAGAAAAAGAAGUUGGGAAGAAAGCCUCUCGUUGGUAGGAAGUCUUCCGUGACGAAGUCCAAGCGAGAGGAGAGAAUGGAGGACAUUGCAGAGAAGCCCAGGGACAGGGAAUCGUCGAGAGUAUUACGCAGCACUCCCAUACUUGGCAAAAAGAGUGGGAAGGCUCUUGGUCGACCAAAAUUGUUAGACCAAAGGCGGGAGUCUCAUUCGAGGGGGAGGCACAGCACCACUAAACUAGAAUCGUCGAGCGUAUUGCCAAAGGAAAAGUCGGAAAAGUCGGAGAAGUCAGAUGUGGUCCAGAGGAGAGGAGGUGGGGAAGGCACCAACUCUAGAUCUGAUAAGGGAGAGAGACCUUCGUUCAUUUUGAAAGUGGGUCAUCUUUUCCGGUGUACAAAAUGUAAUAUAACCUUCAAUAAAGAGAAGUCUAUGACCUACCACCUGAAAAAGAUUCACGAAACGUUAUAUCCGUUCAAGGCCUGCGAGCACUGUGGCCGAGUUUUCCGGAGCUGUGGUCCAUACAACAGGCACCUACUACAACACAAGGUUUACCACUGUCCAGAGGGCACUUGUAAGGCUAAGUUCCGAAAGAUGCUUCGCUUGAAACAGCACCAGAAAAAUGCCCACCCUAACAAAAAGCAUAGGUGUCCUAAGUGUGUGUUGUUAUUCAGUAAGAAAGCCGAUCUGGACCGUCACUACGAUGGAGACCAUCCAAAGCAGCAGACUGAUGAAGAGGAAAGCUCGGAAGAGGAGGAAGAGUCACAUAAGAAAGAUGCCAAGGAGAGAGGAGGAGGAGGAGGAGGAGGAGGAGGCGGAGAGGAGGCGAGGGGAGGAGGAGGAGGGAGGAAAGCGAGGUGUAUUCCUAUAUCGUACAAAGAGCCAGAAGAUGAAGAAGACCUGGGGUCCAUCUGCAAGGGUUCCACUGCCAAGCCGUUCCGUGAUACCAGAAACAGUCGUGAGAGGUGUUCCAUUACCAGUGAAGUGAAGUCUAUAUUUGAGAAGAAAGUUCCUGAAAUCAAGACUGAAAUUAAGACCGAGGUGCAGUCGCCCCCCGUUCAAGACACACCUAGACGCACAAGGCUAAAAGACUUUGAAGAGAAGAAGGGUACAAGUGAAACUAGCAAAAUUCCACAAGACAAAAUGUUGAAGAAAAAGAGUGCUAUUAAUAUAAGAAGAGGGGACACUACUAGCAUUAAGGGUAAGCUAAGUAAGAUCUUGUCGACCAGGAAAAAUGACCGAGCUUUGAAGUUCAGGUUAAACCCUAGAGUCGCCUGCAGAGUCAGCCAUGCAAAGCAUAAAAGCAAGAAAACUAAGGUCACUCUGAGCUGGACUGCCGCCCUCAAGGCCCAGAUACGAGCGGCCGAGUCCGGCUCAAAAAAUGUGGUCAAAAAGAAAAAGAAACCACCCCCUGAAAAGGGGGGGGCGGCGGCCAAACCGGCAACAAAGGCCGCGCCCAAACAGUCUGCAAAGUCGAACCCCAAGUCGUCGUCGACCGCGAAAUCAAAGGCUAGGUCUAUUGCGGGGUCUGGGAUCAGCAGUCUAAACAUGGCCCACGACUUCAUGCACCACACGGACACGCUUUCGUAUCCUGGGUGCCUGGUGGGCGACGAUUCCAUGUUCAGCCUGGACGACAGCUCGCAGAUGGACCUGAUAGGCGACUACUACGGCUCCCACUACCCGCCCAGCGAGGAGAUAAGCGACUUUGUGCCGGAUGACGACGAGAGCGGUCCUGCGAAGAUCAUCGGCUUCGACUCGUGGAUUCGGAGAAGGGACCGAAUAGGAAGGCAAAGGAGAAGGAGAAGGAGAAGGAGGUGGAGGGGGAGGAGGAGGAGGAGGAGGAGGAGGAGGAGGAGGCGGAGGAAGGAGGGGGAGGAGGAGGAGGAGGAGGAGGAGGAGGAGGAAGUAGGGUGGAAGGUAUGUGUGCAUUGUGGUUGGGUCUUUAGCGAAUUGCUGUAUCCAUAUCAUGUUCUUACCCACAAGCCCUGGCUGAAGUGUCAGCAGUGCAGCUUCGCCACCAAGAGCUGCGACAGAUUCAAAGCCCACGAAGACGCUCACAAGGAGGGGAAGCUUGCCGUAGUGUGUAAGCUCUGCAGGGGUCAAUAUUUGAAUGAAACCACCCUGAAGGUUCACUGUCGGAGAGUGCACGGCAUAAUAAUAUGCAGGGAUUGUUCGGAGGGGUUCCCCAGUGAGGCAGCAUAUGCUUCCCAUCGCGAUGAAGUGCAUAAUGACCCAACCUUGAAGAUCAAGUGCAUUAGACCCAGUGGGUCUCUGGGUGUAUUGCCUGUUGUCUCUCGGUGUUCGAAGAGAAGUGAGUAUGUCUGCCAGUUGUGUAAUAAAGAGAGCAGAAACAAAUUCCAGUUGAAAAUCCACAUUGCCCAGCAUUUAGGAGUCAGCAGCGCUGAUAUCAGUGAUGAGUUCUUGGCUGGCCAGGGUGUGGAGUACUUCCAAAACAAAGAGCUCUUAAUCUCUCUGAAGCGAAGCAGGAAUAAGAAUACCCUUGCAGUUCUUAAUGCUUUAGUCAAGAGUAAAACAAUAGAACAAGAUCCUGUUUUCGAAGUGGGUGGAAGCAGUAGUGGUCUGGUUGGGGCAGACAUUUUAGAUGCUCCAGGUGGAAGAAGAACCCUUGAUCCACUUCCGGACCCUCUGGCAGGAACAUCAACUGAGGAGAUUCCAUUUGUUUCAGUCGUCAAAGAAGAAGAGCCAAUAGACACGUGUGCCCCUGACGUUCAAAAUUUUGAGGACAAUCCAUCUGGGGAAUCUGUUAUUCAUGACUAUGUAGGUAGUAUGUCACAUAUACAGGAGAAUGUUACAAGGGAACGGAUUCUCAAUGAGGAAAAUUUGCAGCAAGAAGAGUUUCAGUUUUCUUCAACCUGCCCCGAGUGCAAAGAGAGUUUUCCAAAUGUCAUGGAACUGGAAACCCAUCGUAAACAAGCUCACAAGAAGCCAGAGGAGAUUUUAAACAGAGUAAGGAAAGACAAAAAGAAAUGCAAAACAGGUAACCCCAGUUCUUCCAUGAAAAGGGACAGCAAGGCACCUGGACCAUUUAAAAAUCCAAGACCCCAACAGGAGCACACACCAAUUAAACCCACCUCUUCUAUGGGAGAUAUCGCCAAGUUGCAGGAAGCCUUUAAGAAUCCCACCAGAGGGCAGAAUGCUCAAAUUGAAAGAGAACUGCUUGAUCCACUGGAAGACCCACUAGCAGUUACGGCAGUUUACGAUUUGUCGAGUCAAUCAACACACUGUGCCGUGGAUACAUUUGUAGGUUCAAGUAUGACGGAAAAGACUCAGAUUAUGAGUUCUCUUGCAUCGCCAUACGUCCACGACGUAUUUGCAGGUGAUUCUGAUGUUGAUGAUAAUUUUAGAAUGGGGAAAGUUAGAAUGGCCAGAGAGAGGAAACCCAAGAUUGCAAUGUAUUGUGAUGAAUGUCCUGAAGUAUUUUUUUCCCAGAGUGCUUUGCACAGACAUCAAGAGAGGCACAGAAGGGAGGACUUGCGGAAGUGCUUCACCUGUCCUGCGUGUGACAUGACCUUCCUCACUGCUGUAAAGCUGGUCAGGCAUUUUAAAGUCGCCCACAAGGAAAAGUUCCGUUGCCGUUACAAGUGUGCUCUUCUGUUUGAGUCCAAAGAGGAAGUCCUUAAGCAUUACCAAGAGUUUCACAAAGUUGAGACGGCGUUCGCUUGUCCGUAUUGUGGUUUAGAGUACCAGUUUCAUGGAUACCUUCUAAAUCACUUGGAACGUUGCACAAAGUGUCCACCAGAAGAGAGGCCUUCGCACGUGUGUGGGAAUUGUGAGGCGGUCUUGAAAAGCCGCCGCGAUUACAACCUCCACAAGUGUUCAUCUUUGAAAGAUUCAGAGAAUAACAGUGGGGACAAAAAAAGAGGCCAGCCAUUAACCACCAGAGAUUUAAUUCCACGACACCCGUACUCGUGUAAAUUUUGUAACCAGAAAUUUGAAGAAAUGGAGGCAGCGACAGAACACUGCUUCUCUUUUCACUUAGUCUUGCUCAAAGAGAUGACUGGAGAACACCAUACAUGCAGGGUUUGUAAAAAAAACAUGUUAUCAGAGUUAGAGUUAUGUAGACAUCUCAUGAGUCACUACCUUGGUUCAGGCAGAUGGGAUGACCUUUUACCGCGAAACCUCAUGGAGACCGAAUAUGCAAUAUAUGCAAAGAAUUAUUGUUGGAUAUGUCAAGCCAGCAUCCAGGAGGAUGUAUCUCAGCACCUCUUCCAGCGAAACAAAAACGUCUCGCUCUCCCUCGCACAUUACAAGGAGACCACCGUUUCGGUGCCGUUCGAGUGUACACCCUGUCUCAAACAUUUCCAGACGAGGACAGAGUAUUGGGACCACGUAGAGGCACAUCUAGACGAGCUCUCAUUUGAAAGUGAUGGGUCUGACUUGGGUGGUUCUUGUUACAAAGAAUGCAGCAUCUGCCUCUUGAUGUGUGCAGGCACGGAGGAGUAUCACCGUCACUUGGCCACUCACGCUGUCGUGGUUUGUGAUGGUGAAAAGGUGGGGGGGGAGGUGGUGGAUAAUUUGUCAUCCAUACGCUCACCAUCCUGUGACAAACCUGACUUCCCGGAAGAUUCGAACUCUAGUUCCACGCCUAAUCUAGACCAAGAUCAAACAAAGGUAAACUCAUCCACUUCCAAAGUCAAGGUAUGUGAGCAUUGCGGCAGGACAUUUGAAAAGACGCCGGCGUAUUUACAGCACAUAAUAUCACACAGACCAGUUCAGCAGUGUAAGUGGUGUACCUUCAAAAGCAAAGAUGAAAAACGAUUUGCGCAACACAUGAAGAGCCACUUGGAAGUUCAGUGCAACAUCUGCCUUGGACUGUUUGCAACUCCAAGGACAAAGAGAGUUCACAAGAAAAGGAUACACAAGUUGUACGAGUGUAAAACUUGCUCGGCAGAUUUUAAUACGGAAGAAGAACAUGCGGACCACUUAAUUCAGGAACACAGUGGGUUAGAGAAUAGGAUCAAAGUGGAACCAACAGAGAAUAUUACGGAGAAAGAAAUAAUUGGCGGUGCCCCAUCCGACAUUCAGAAUGGACCAGUAACAGAAGUGAGAGAACUUAUCAAGUGUAAAGACGAGAAACAGCUACUUGAAAAUGUUAAAGAAAAGCUGAAUGAGGCAGUUAAUGAGCAGAGCUCUUUCACUUGCUAUUUAUGCAACAAGGAGACGAAGAAUAAGUGUGAGCUGAAGAUCCACAUUGCUCAACACCUUGGGGUACCCAGCAGCAAGAUCACAGAUGAAGACUUGCUCAUGGGAGACAUGAAACCUUACAGUUGGAAUAGUGGGUUUUCUAUGUAUGGGGCCAAAGAUGAUGAUGUAGAAGUCCUUGGUUCUGACAAUCCCAUGCAGUCAAUGUUGCAGGAUUUAGUAACGAGUAACAAAUCCAAGGCUCCUUUCUCAAAUCUUACUUCUCCCUUUUCAUUGAAUAUAAUCCCCCCAUCAUUACCAGCAGCUGUUCGGCCUCAGGAUAGUUUAGUAGAUUCCAUGCCGUCAACAUCUGUGUCGGACGACUUGUCUGUGAGAGAAAUACGCUCGAUAAAAACUGAAAGAAUGGACGAUGACCUGAGCGAAGACAUCAAAAUGGCAGGUAGAAGAACAACCAGAUAUAGCUAUGUGAGGAGAAUUCCAUGUGACCAGUGUGGAGCUGUGUUUAAGUCCUACAAUAAACUUCGUCAGCAUGAAAAGCAGAAGCACAGGGAGAAACCUACCUGUCCAUUGUGUAAUACCACCAGGACUAAUAUUAAGAAAGUGUUUCAACAUCAGAUAGCAGCACACAAGAACAAGUUACGGUGUCACUACCUGUGCUUGGCAUUGUUCGACACAAAAGAAGAACAGUCCGCUCAUCACUUGCAGGUUCACAAUAAAGACGACUCAAAGUUGACGUGCCGUUACUGUAAAGAGUCGUAUCCUAGAGCGACAUUUAUGGAUCAUUUAAUCAUGUGUGAAGAGCAACAUGUGCGGAAGGAGAGUCCGGUCAAUUCACACGAGUGCGGUUUCUGCGAGUCAUCUUUCCAGACUUUAGAGGAGUAUAGCAAUCACAUCAAAUUUUGUGGCCCUUGGAAUAAAAAGGGGAAGGAAAUUGUGCUCGACGAAAACACAACUCCGGAAACUCCGAUGGUUUUACGUGAGAGAAACCCAACCAUUGAUAAUACAGAAAUUACUGAUGAUUAUUCAGAAGAAAAUAGUGUGGAUAAAGGUAUAUUGAAUGAUGUUAUCCCAGUCCAAGUCAAAACAGAAAUUUGCCAGGAUGUGGAAAUAACUCACACUUCUGAGUUUAUCAAGCAGGAAGAAGGUAUGAAACACAAAUGUAAACAUUGUUCGUUAACAUUCAAAUACCAGGAAGAUGGUAUCAAUCACGUUCUCACACACCACAAAACAACAUUAACAGCUAUGACAAGAGAGCCUCAGAUGUGCCACGUUUGUGGCAAAACCUUUUUGUCCAGUUUAGCAUUUUGUAAACACAUUCUUAAUCACUAUAGCGAGCUGGGAAUGUGGGACUCACUUAUACCUCCUGAUAUUGAUAUGGAAACCAUUAGGAAUACUUGUUGGAUAUGCAAGACGGGUGGUAUGACUAACCACAGGUACCAUGCAGCAAGGAGGGACAAUGCAAUAGAGAACCUCCUAGCCACAUCGUCCACAGACCCAGAUGGAGAACCAUUCAACUGUUCCAUGUGUGACGAAACCUUUCCGGACAGGUUAAUGUUCUGGAAGCAUAUCAAACUACAUCUUUCAAAGUCGCACUUCAAGAAUGUGGAGGGAGGUAAGCGGCUGAAGUGCAGCAAGUGUCCAAUGAAGUUUAAGAAGAAAUCGGAGCUUCACCAGCACUUGGCUGCGCAUCUUAUUCAUUCAGACGUAGAGGAGAUAGUCAGCGAGUCGGAAAACAGCGACAAUGAUUCUGACUCGGCUUUGAACAGCAGUAGGAAGAGGCCUCGGCGAGACAGCAGUAAAAGAACUCCAUGUUCAGUUAACGCUCGACUGUCGUCUAGUAACGAACCCCCCAUGAAAAGACAUUUCCAGAAGUGCAAACGGUGCCGUAAGAAGUUUGCGAAUAAGGAGGAGGCCAUAAAUCAUGUACAGAAGUAUCAUAAGUCCGUUCUAGAAAAUAUGGUCGCCGAAACUCAGAUCUGUCACAUAUGUGACAAAGCUUUUAGGAAGCCUAUGCUCCUUUGCCGACAUCUCUUACACCAUUACCAUGAGUUGGGCAUGUGGGAUGACCUUGUACCUCGAAAUAUUUUAGAUGUCUCUCAGGACCGGAGGUUUUGUUGGAUAUGCAAUAAUAUGCUUGGAAGGAAAGCCAGCAGGCAUCUGAAUAUGAGAAAUACUCAGAUUGAACAAAUCUUAACAAGUAAUUCAAAGAAGCUGAGAGAGGAACCUGAGUUUAGUUGUACAUUGUGUGAUGCUGUUUGUAGUGACAGACAUGCAUUCUGGAAACAUAUUAACCUUCAUUUGUAUAAAUAUCCCAAAAAGAAACCAGCGAUUGAACAGCCUGUUUAUGUAAGCGCAGAGAACCUGGACUGCAGUGAAUGCAUGCUCAAAUUUAAAGACAAGACUGAUCUUAAUAAGCACAUGGCCUCGCAUUUCCUCCUGCCAGUUGUGCAGGAGAAAGAAUUCAAAGAAGAAAUCUGCAAGCCCAAUGAAGAGAGUGAGGAUGAGGACGAGGAAGAGGAAGAUGUUGAGGAAUCCCCUGUGAAAGCCGACCCGACAGAAGUGUCUUCUUUGCUUCGGAAGAAUAACCCUCAGGAAAUGGUGAGAUGCACACGCUGUUUGAAAGUCUUCCAGAAGAGCUUUGAGGCUGUCCAACAUGUAGUUUCAUCUCACAAGUUCUUUUUAAUGAGGAAAUUGGACACAAGCGAAAUGUGUCACUUGUGCGGCUGCAUCUUUAAGAGUCAGUGGUGCUUGUGCAAGCAUGUUUGUAAACAUUAUUGCAACCUUGAAAUGUGGGACGCUCUCGUACCAAGAGACCUACUAGAAAAAUUUGAUUAUAGGAAAUUUUGCUGGAUUUGUAAAUGCAAACUAGAUAGGAGAUAUGCUCAUCACAUAGGAAAGAGGAAUUUCAACAUAGAAAAGAUCUUAUUGGCAGCAAGGUCAGAAGACCAGGAGAAGGACUUUCUGUGUACAACUUGUAAAAUUCGGUUUCCAAAUAGGUUAGACUUUUGGAUGCAUAUAAAAACCCACAUUUGUAGACCUCCAUUGAAUGUUGGAAGGCUGACAAAAUCUUCUGCAUCAAGUGAACCAAAUUGUCAGCUAAAGGUCCUGGAGUGUAGCGAGUGUACUGAGAAAUUCUUUGAAGAGCACGAAUUGUACAAGCACUUGGCAGGUCAUUACAUCAAGCCUGUGAGCCAGAAUUCUGAGGAGGAUGAGGAGAGCAAACUUGAAGAGGUUAAGAGUCAAAACAAUGAUGUGGAGGAAGAUAAAGAACUGAGAGUCACAAGGUUCAAGAAGAGAAGUAGUGUGCCUGAAAAGGGGAGUAUGGAUAAUCAGGAGGAAGUGCUCAAAGAUGGUCGGAAGGACAAGGCUGAUAAAGCCUUCUCCGACACAUCUUUGAGCGAGGAGGAAUGGGUGCCGUCAAAUGAGGAAGUGGAGGAGGAAGAUGAAGAGGGAGAGAGAGGAGAGGGAGAAAUCCUGGCCGCAGUUGGAGAAGUGAGUGAAAAAUCUGUUCUUAACAAAGAUGAUGGGAAUGAGGGUUAUCGUAAGGAAGCUGUGGUUGAAGAUGUGGAGGACGGAGAAGGUGAGGAGGAGGACGAUGAUGAGGGGGAGGAAGAGGAGGAGGAGGAGGAGGAGGAGGAAGGAAGAAGAAGAAGAGGAGGAGGAGGAGAUGACAUGAACGAAGACAUGGAAGACGAGGAACUCUUGGGAGACGAAAUAGAAGAGGAGGAAGAGGAUGCAGACGAUGAGCUGGAAGAUACCGGAGAGGACGCAGAAACAGACGAAGAGGACGACGAAGAAGAUUCAGAUUACUAAUUGUUUAGUAAUUGAUAAUUUGACCAGAUGUGGCCAGAGACUGUAUAUAAAGCACUAUGUACAGUAGUUUAGUGUAUAAAGUAACUCAGUACCUUAAUAUUCCUAGGAAAAUAUUUUUAAAAUAUGGAACCACAUUCAAUUUGGGUCAGCCUAUCAAGUCAGGUACCUGUCACAGAGGACUUACAUAUAUAUACAGUAUAGGGCACUGAUGUAUAUACAAUAGAUCUGGAGUUAAGAAUGAUGUUAUUUAUGAAAAAGAAUCUUUAGGCUUUUUGAAACUAUGCCUGAAUGGUUUGUACAUUCUUUCAGAGGCAAGUUAUUACUUGUAUGUAAUCACUUCGCUCUUAACCAUCUGUAUUGCAUUCAGUUUCAUAUUUUUCUUGCAUUUAAAGGUGAGUUUACACUAGGCUUCAACAGCACGCUGCAUACUUAAGACUCAUCACCAACUCCUCCCCAAUUCGCAUUAGCCAAACUUACUGGACUGCUCACUAGGAGUCAUGUGUCACGCCGCACCACUAACUCAUCAAGGCAAGCUUGAUGGCUGAAGUCUGACCCAGACAAUCCGCCGACGACAAAUCAUUAAUAACCUUUCAACUGUCAUCCCGUUUUCUAUUAUACUACAAAUUUUCAUGGAGAAGAGAUCCAUUGUUUGACUGAGUAUUAUCAGCAUCAUCCAUGUUUAUGGAAUGUAAAAUUAACAUCAUAUAAAAAUAGAGAUGUACGUAGCUGUCAGGAGAUAAUGCUACCGGUCACAGCACUCGCGUAGUAGUGUAGAGGCAAUAUGCGCUAUACCAGCACGUGACGUCACCCAGGUGGGCGGGCAGAGGUGACUUGUGAAGCGCGCUGUGAAGCGUAGUAUAAAAUCACCUUAAGGGCCAUAACCAGAAAGAGCCAAAGAAAUAUUUCUUCUCUUUUCCUUUCUUUUUUGCCGUACGAUUUAUCUUCGAAUUGUGGUACAUUGAUACAUUUUUUUAUAUUGACUGCUUACAAUAAUUGCUCCAAUCUCUUGAUGAUUAUUGCAGAGGUAGUGAGAGGGAAUUUAUGUAUGAAAAGGUGCCAUAUGUUUUGAGUGUGUGCUCUGAGUCACGUGUGUGUGUGUUUACUGUUACUGUACGUAUUAACAGGUACCGUGCGUAUGCAAAGUGCGUCAGAUGAUUGCUUUUGUAUCUGAAGUGAAGCAUUUAUUUCUCUUAUAGGGUUAUUAAUUUAGAGUAAUAUUUUCCAGAGCCUGUUUGUCCUCAACUGAGAGAGAAAAGUUGUGUACAGAAAGAGCUUCCUUGGAGCCUGUUUUUCCACUCAGUAACUUCUGGUCAAUAAGAAGUGACUCACAUUCCUGCGUAAAUAUUCGUGUGGAUAACAGCGUGACUGUUAAUUUCGGGGCAAGGAAGCUCAAGGUUGAAAAUGGUUGCUGUGCAGCCCACGAAUUUGGUUUGAUGCAGUACAUAUUUCAUUUUUUUAU